UAAAMAAUGGCGGCCUCCACGCAGAAAGUCUCAAGUCAGAGAAAAGCUUUAUCUUGUUCUUGUUUAUGAAAUGAUAGAUGGAUCUCAGCCUUCAAUUUGUGCUUGAUUACUAUACCAAACUUACUCAGCAUUAUGAUAAUGGCCAUGUGCAACCACCUGAUGUCAUCCUUCCACCUGUUCCAGAAGUUUCUGAAGGUUGUCUCACUGUCCCCUCCCCAUAUCAGUACUUAUUGCCAUCUGUAAUACUUUGGGAUCCAUUAGAACAACUUGAUUGCUUUGAAAAUGGAUUGGAGUGCCCUUAUGAGGGUCAUAAGGAAGAAGGAUCUUUUUACUUGCUUGAGCCAAAGAAAUCUCGCAAGGGUGAUUACUGUUGGCAAGCUGGCUAUCGAGCAUCACAGAUGCCAAGACAUCUCUCUAGCUCAAGCUGGCCAACAGUGCUUUUGAGCAAGAUAUAUCAUUGUAAAAGCAAGUUGAAUCAUAAGACAUAUAUUGCUCAUGAUCCAGAGAUUCUAUCCAAAAUCCCUUCAUCAGAAUCCCACAAAAUUCCUUUUGUUCUACUUCACAAGACUGGAUUUACUAAAGAACUUUGUGAAACAGUUGUUUCAUUAGCAGCAGCAGGAAUGACUUUAGUAGAUAUUGAGCAAGCUAUUUGUCAACAGCACAUGACUAACUUUGUCCAAUGCAAGGCAAAGUUUGAGGAAGAUAAAGCCCUUUGUCUUUCUAAUGCUGGUCUUCAAAUAGACRAAAUCCCUGUAUUAUUUCCUGAUUAUAAACCAAUAGGCCUUCCUUCCAUGGAAAUGAUUCUAGGGUCCUUUCUAGAAAGCUACCAAGACUAUAAGCCCUAUUAUCAUCAAAGGAUGAGUGAAAUGUCUGCUGAGGUUUUGUUGAUUGGUCACUUCUUCAAGUCAAACCCACACAUUGGCACACUGGAGGCUGAUGGGAAGAAAUGGGUGUCUUUGUAUAACAAUAUAUUUGCAGUCAUGAAUGAGAAGGGCCAAGUCAUUGCUUGGCAAGCUACAAAAGGUACAUCUAUUGAAAAUACCUCACUACUCCUUCAGAAUGUCCAUAUCCGUCUCAAGAAACAUGGAGUUGAUAUCAAAUUGAUUCUUAUGGCUGAGUGUUGCAAACAAAAGGACUUUAUCCAGUCUAUUUUUGGGCCCAAUGUUCAGGUGAAAAUGGAUCCCAAACUUGCAUCCAGAAGACUCGAGAAGAAGUUUAAAGUAAGAGCAGGUGAUCACGAUCAUGUUGCCACCUGCUUGCAAGAGUUUGGCCUUGUCUUUCAAAAGUCAACUGAUUUGAACACAGAACGGAAGGAAGAAACUGCAUCACCAGAGACUAUUCUUGGAAAUCUUUGUUCCUUUAUUACACACUGGAAGAUAAUGAAAGGAGAAACCAAUGAACGGCUGCUACAUGAUCCUGCUCUUCGUGAACUAGAGGACAUCAAGAACUCUGUCAGUAAGGGAUGUCUUAGUGAUGUUCCACCUAAUUCAGGAGCAAAGUAUGUAAAUGAGCUGAGAGAGUUUCUUCAACCUGUCCUUAAUAAGCGAUUUAUGAGUGUUGACUUGGCAAUUCCUGCUAUAACUGUGUUGUUUUAUUGCUGGAAUGAAAAUCACAGUGAAAGGGAAACAUUUCAACCAGUUAAUUCCUAUAAAGCUGCAUUGGACACAGUGACAUUUCUUCCUACAGUCGAACAAUUUGGUAGCAUUGAUGUUGAAAUUGAAAGUAGUGACAAUGAACACUGUCUCUUAUCCUCAACCUUUAGUUCUAGUUUUUCAUUGUUAUUCUCCUUGCUUUGGGAAGUAGAUGACAAAAGCUGUUUGAUUGACACUGAGUUAUCAGAAUCUACAAAUACAGAAUUCCUAAGCAAGGAAAUGCUUUCAAAGGUAUUAGUGCAAGCAGAAAACAGUUACUUGAUUCAUCAGAAUCUCAAGUACAUUUACUUGGAGAAAGUCUUUCCUGUUGAUAUGUGGCAUUAUCACCUUCUUCCUUGCUGUACGCAAAUCUUUACCAGGAACCACUGUCAUGUUAGCGAUGAGUCUUCAAGUUCAAGUACAUUACAGAACAUUGUUGAAAGUUUUGGAGGAGCUAUUGUCAAUUCAACAGGCCAAGACACUGAUGGCUUCUUCAUUGCAUUAAUAYACAGCCUUCACUCACUUCUGAACUCUCUGGAGUCUGAAAACCAAACAGAGGCGAUUCAAAUGAAAGAACACUUGAAUUUGAUGGGUUAUAAUGUGGAAGAGUUAAAGGACAGCAGGGAAGGAGUUCCAAUUAUUCGUCAAUUAGUUAGCUGUGAGUGGUUACAGAAUAAGGAUAAAUACAGCAAACUUUUGGUUUCACCACUGUUGGACUUUACACAGGAGGCUGAACUGUUUACACACAUAGGCUAUUUCCAAGCUGAAAUGAUCAAUUUGCUGCCAAUAGCUGCUGUGAGAGUGCUGAGAUUGUCUUUGGUAAUCUUUACAUCAAUGGAACACUUUCCUGUUAUACCAGUAAGUUCUGCAGAAAAACCAAUAACUUCAAAGUGUCUAUUCAUGGCAUACUCAGCAGCUGGGUGUGGUAGCUACUAUUCUGUCAACCUCACACCUUCACAACCUUCAAAGCCCAAGCACACUUGCCGAUGUGGUCUUAGUAACUCUAAGAGCAAGGAGAGGCAGUUCUGUGUACACAUUUCAGGACAAUAUUUAACAAGAUGUGAGUGUUUCCGUAGUGGUGAGGCAUGCAAUCAUCUUUGUCGCUGCUUUAACUGCUCAAAUCCUAAUGGUACUUCAACUGAAAGCAGAGCUUCUUACAGAUCACAGAAAACAAGGCUACGUACUAAACACAAACUACAGCAGAUGAAAAAGAAACCUGUCAAUGUUAAGUGCUAUAGUUCAUGGAGUGAAAWAGAAUGCCUUACGUUUUCAUAUCUUGCUGAUGCUUUACAAUUUGCUCAUAGUUUAACUUCUAUGUCAGAUAUUAUUCCAGACAUACUUGUGAAGGAAUAUCACAAUUUACAGCAGCUUUGUGAAGGGAAAAUGAUGUUGAAACAGAAGUCUCUAGACGAUGUCAAACAACAUUUAGCUUUUGUCUCCGCUGGUCUGGAUAAGUUCAAAAAACUAUUCAGGAUUCAGAUGGAAAAAAAUUGGGACCACACAGAUUCAGUAUAUGUUGAUGCAGCUGAUAACAACCAGCUUGUUGUUAUUGUGGAUAACUCAGAACAAAUUAAUGAACAGUAACUCAACUAUAUUUCAAAUGGAGUUUUUAUACA